UCCGCCAUUAUCAACAAGCAAAAUUCUUCUCCCCCCAAAACACAGAGAUCUCAGUCUCCAACCUGGCUUUCCUUAAAACCACACCAAUCCUCUCAUUUCAGACAUCAUCUGAUCAUCCACUUCCCUUUCUCUCUCCCAAAACCAUGCAUCAAAACCAGCACAAGAUCUGCUAACCCUAAAACAAGCCAUGGACACUCGUCCUUCCGACGACUUCACCAUCACCAUCCCACUGACAAUUAACCCUUCCCCAUCCUCUUCCACACCCGCCGCCUCCUCCUCCUCCUCACUGCCUUCCCCAAGUCGCUACGAAUCACAAAAACGCCGCGACUGGAACACUUUCGGUCAGUACUUAAAGAACCAUCGCCCUCCACUCUCACUCGAACGCUGCAGUGGCGCACACGUUCUCGAGUUCCUCCGCUACUUAGAUCAGUUCGGCAAAACCAAAGUUCACACACAGAUGUGCCCUUUUUACGGUCACCCGAACCAGCCCGCUCCUUGCCCCUGCCCUCUACGCCAAGCUUGGGGUAGCCUCGACGCGCUUAUCGGCCGACUCCGUGCUGCAUAUGAAGAGAAUGGAGGCCGGCCUGAGACCAACCCCUUCGGCGCACGCGCCGUGCGUCUUUAUCUCCGUGAGGUGCGUGACAUACAAUCCAAGGCUCGGGGAAUUAGCUAUGAGAAGAAGAAGCGCAAGAAGCCGCCGCCCGCUGCCUCCGCGGCAAAUGAUCACCAGAUGCUCCCUCACGGCUCCCCUCCUUCCGCCGGCUGCGCUUGA